AUGCAAAUCCUGCGACCGGGUGAAGAGGCUGCCCAGCCUGAGCAUCCCCGGUUCACGGCGUUGCCAAGGCAGUCAACGGACGCAACCAAUCUGGCUCAAGAAGAUAUUUGCUGGGAGCCUAGCUGUAAAAAGCAGAAGUCUAAAUCCGACCAGAGGGGUGGGGGUGGGAUGACGAUAGAGAGUUCAGAUCCGAGGUGCCAAAUGUACAGACGAGUCUUCCAACUGUAG